UUGGUGGAGGAGGUGCAUCAGAUAUUUCCUUCCCCACCGGCUCCGCUCGGUAACCUGCAGAAGCGGCGAUGGCGACGUCUGGAGGGCUCCUAGCUUGGUGCAUGGAACAGCUCCGCGGCGGUUUCGGACUAGAUGUUGGCGAGGAGCUUGUCCAAUACAUCUUGUCCAUUGAGAAUGAGGAGGAGAUCAGGGAGUACAUUGCUGACCUAGUCCAGGGGACCGAUGGCAAGAAGAAGCACUUUGUGGACGAGCUCGUCGCCAGAUGGCAAAGGUCCUGCCAGCCUACAGCAUCCGACCCCUUGCCACUCUAUCGGAAAAAAGAUGACACAUUAGAGGCUCCUCGGUCAGGAGACCAAGCCAAGAGGGGACGACGCAAAGGGAGGAACAAGCAGGAAGCCCCUGUUCAUAUUGAAACUGACCAGCCGAUGGAGGAAGUAAAAACUCCACUUGACUUAGCCAAGGCCCAGGAACUGAACAGCAGCAGCAGCAGCACUUCCUCCAAGAAGAAGGCCAAAUUUGUCAACUUGUACACCAAGGAAGGGCAAGACAAACUGGCAGUCAUGCUCCCCGGGCGCCACCCCUGCGAGUGCCUGGCCCAGAAGCACAAGCUGAUCAACAACUGCCUGACGUGUGGGCGCAUCGUCUGCGAGCAGGAGGGCUCGGGGCCCUGCUUGUUCUGUGGCACUCUGGUGUGCACCAAAGAAGAACAGGACAUCCUGCAGCGUGAUUCCAACAAGAGCCAGAAGUUGCUGAAGAAACUCCUUGGAGGCACUGAGAAUUCUGGGAAGGCAGAAGUCAGCGGCAAGGACUUGCUCCCCCGGCAAGAGACCUGGCUCAAGGCUGGUUUGGAGGUGGCCACGAAACACAAGGACAAGUUGCUGGAGUAUGACAAAACAAGCGUUCGCCGCACCCAAGUGAUCGAUGACGAGUCGGACUACUUUGCGACGGACUCCAACCAGUGGCUGUCCAAGCAGGAGCGAGAGGCCCUGGAGAAGAGGGAGAAGGAGCUGCGGGAGCUGCGACAUGCCUCUCGGCUCUCCCGGAAGGUCACCCUUGACUUUGCCGGCCGGCAGGUCUUGGAGGAGCAGGACAGCUUGGCGGAAUAUCACAACAAAUUGGAUGAAACUAUUGAAGUCCUUCACAGCGGUACCUUGACAAAGACGGUACGAAGUGUUGAAGGGAGACGUGACGAACCCGGGGUCCUCGUGAAUCCAAACCUUCUCCAGCCAGCCCCUGUGUGGGUGGACCAGACCGGCCUACUCACCCACAGGAAAACUGGCCCUUCUGCGGAAGCCAAGAGCGAAGCCGACUCAGGAAGGAGCCUCUUACGGAUUCAGGACCGAGAGAUACAGGAGAUCUCAGACAAUGGCUGGUGCCUCAGCAUGCAUCAGCCUUGGGCCUCGUUGCUGGUCAAAGGGAUCAAAAGGGUAGAAGGCAGAACUUGGUACACAGCACUGAGGGGCCGGCUGUGGAUAGCAGCAACCGCCAAAAGACCUUCUCUUCAGGAGAUCUCCGAAGUGGAGGUCAACUACAAAGUCCUGCUUCGGAAAGAUUUGGAAUUUCCCAAAGAUUAUCCCUCCGGCUGCCUGCUGGGCUGCGUGGACUUGAUUGACUGCUUGUCGCAAGAGCAAUUCCGGGAGCAGCAUCCGCAGUUGAGCCAGGAGUCAGCUUCCCCGUUCGUCUUUAUCUGUUCUAAUCCUCAGGAGAUGGUAGUCAAGUUCCCCAUCAAAGGCAAACACAAAAUAUGGAAGCUGGAUCCGAAGAUUCAUCAGGGAGCAAAGAAGGGGUUAAUGAGGCAGAAAGCGUCAGCAGCCGACCGUGACCUCUGACUCCCCGUGACCUCUGACUCCCCGGCAGUGGCAGAAGAAGGGCUCUCCUGUUGGCUGCGGAGGAGAUGCCUGGGGUAGGGGAAGGGGGCGGGAAUUACAGACAACACAGGUGGACGGAAAGGGAGAAGGAGAAAUCUGUUUGUAAGGUGCAGAACAAAAAACGAUAACUAAAGAGAAAAACGAGAGGCUGAGCCAAGUGAGGGUGGAAUUACACACCAGUCCCUCUCCCCACAGUCGACUGGCUUUUAGGCCCAGCCGCGACUGUGCCGGAGGUUCCUAUUGUCUCCCCACCCCCCAUUAAAGCCAAGCGUCCCUUGGCGUUGUUUUCUCCUUGGCGUUGUUUCUGGCCCAACGUGUUCCCGAGGAGUCGGAUUGCGGCAUCAGAACGUUCAGCCUGUUAGAGCACCUGGCUGGGGGAGGGGGGAGGCGAUGAGGAGGGGCGCGCCAUCGAAGCUGGGGUCGCCUCCCAGAGUUGAAUCAAAGGGCUCCUUCUGCGUUGCCCCCUUUGAUUAAUUUCAAAGCUAAUGACAGGGUAGAGAGGACAGGGCAGAGGGCGGUUGGCUGCCAGCUCUCGGCUUCCUCUCAGAGCCAACUUGUCUGAAAACCGCCGCUUUGUUGACUGCUAAAAACACACAGCCGCACAAGCAAACCGGUGGGCUGAGCUGGGUAACCGGUCCCUAUUCAGCUGGGUACGCAGGCGGGAAACCCCACAAGUGACAACCAGAAUAAAAAAACAAUCCCCCUUUCCUUUAA